AUGAUGUACGAUGGAACUCAAGACCCAGAGGAGCAUCUAAUGGCCUUUGAGGCCAGAAUGAACUUGGACGGGGUAGGCGACGAGGUGAGGUGUCGCGCCUUCCCGGUCACUCUGGCAGGACCUACGAUACGGGGGUUUAACAGCGUCCCGCAGGGUUCUGUUGCCAAAUUUUCGGAUAUUAGCCGCGCUUUCUUGGCUCAAUUUACCACCCACAUUGCAAAGGCAAAACACCUGAUCAACCUACUUGGAGUGACACAGAGGUCAGGAGAGCCGACCAGGAAAUACCUGGACAGGUUCAACGACAAAUGUUUGGAGAUUGACGGCCUAACCGAUUCGGUGGCCAGUUCGUGCUUGACGAAUGGACUUCUGAAUGAGGAUUUCAGGAAGCAUCUCACCACGAAGUCGGUGUGGACGAUGCAAGAAAUCCAAAGCGUGGCUAGGGAAUAUAUCAACGAUGAAGAAGUCAAUCAAGUGGUGGCUGCCAACAAGCGGCAGCCUGCCUAUAAUCAACCUCGGCAGCACGGCAGCGGAGAAAGGCUGAAGGAGCACACCAGAGACAGUGGGCCAACCAAAAUAUUCAAGCCGUUUCCCCGAGUCGGGAAAUUCACCAACUACAUCCCCCUCACCGUCCCCAUCGUAGAAGUUUAUCAACAGGUAGCUGAGAAGGGAAUUCUGUCGAAGCCCCGGCCUCUAAAGGACAGAACCGGGGGGAACAAGAACCUCUAUUGUAAUUAUCACAAGGGCUAUGGACACAAAACACAGGAUUAUUUUGACCUAAAGGAUGCGCUAGAGCAAGCGAUCCGAGAUGGAAAGCUAGCCGAAUUCUCCCACCUCAUCAAGGAGCCAAGGAGACGAGAUUGCGACCACGAAGGAGAGGACAAGAGCCGCGCGGUGAAGCGACGUCAAGAUCCAGAGGAUAACAAGCGCGACCUUACCAUAGUAAACGUGGUAAUAGGGAGAGACGCGGCACCAAGGUCGAGAUCGGCACACAAGAAGGACGCCAAAGUCCUAGCAAUCUCCUCAUCCCCAACGCGAGGCUCCAAGAGGGUUCCGUCCAUAUCAUUCAGUCUGGAGGACCAGUGGUUUGACGAGGUCGUGGAAAACCCCCAUGGUAAUCACGGCCAGAGUAGGAACCGGCCUGAUCAAGCAGAUCCUCAUAGACACCGGCACCGACUCAAAUAUCAUGUUUCGCAAUGUGUUCGACGCUUUGUGUCUCCGGGAUGCCGAUUUAAGGACUCACCAACACGGUGUAGUAGGGUUGGGCGACCACUUUAUCAAGCUCGACGGGAUAAUCUCCCUACCGGUCUCCGUAGGACUAGGACAGGGGAGAAGGUCGGUAAUGGCGGAGUUCGUGGUUCUGCAAGACUCCACGGCAUACAACGUCAUCCUAGGAAGAAAGACUAUCAAUGA